AUCACUGAUUCACCAGUUACUCAUGUAUUUUGAGAGCAAGAGAGAGUUUUUUGUUGUGUUUUGCUUUCCCAUUCGUCGACUGGCAGAGGCUUUGAUGAAAGAUUGAGGAAUUCUAGUGCGGAGCCCAACUGUGCAGCGGAGCGAAUUGCUUCCACUAAGGAUUUUUCCCAAUUCAAAAAAUAAAUAUAGUCACUUUAAUUUAAUGUCCAACAUGAACGAAGCAAUGCCUGAAAUAAAAAGGCUUUGCCUCGCCACCGAGCAAAGUCAUAUCGCAGCCAAUGCCAUGAUGCUGACAAAGCUAGAUGAACUCAAUUCGCAAGUCCUGUCGCAGCGCGCGGAAAUCGAAAACUUGACGACGGCGGUUAGGACCCUAACUGCAAUCGUUAAGUCGAUGAAAACGAUUAAGCCGAAGGCGAAGGGAAAUCCGGACGAUGAUUUUCCAAUUCUGUAUGAGGAGGAUCUGAUCGAAGUGGAUCAUAAGAUAAGCCAGGACUCCAGGGGAAUCUAUGCAAAUUCCAUGCGGAAGUUCUUGCGCCAGGGAAGACUAAGUCGCUCCAUAAGAUCAAUUUUCUCCGAGGAUAUCUUGUUGAACUACAAUGUGGACGGGUGUAAAAAUAAGAAAAGACUCAAAGAUCACGAACAUUUGUUUCGUUCGCUAAUGGACGCCAUCGGUAAGGUGGAACCUACACUACCCUCAGAAAAAGUAUUAUCCAAAGCCAUGAGAUGUGUUAAGAAUUGCGCAGCCAAGAAGAAGGGCAGGGUAGAUGAUGACCCCCUGUCUUUUUUGAACGUGGAGAUGAACGAUGGGCAGAAAUGAUAACUAUGCACAUACUAGAAUGACUUAUACAAACUAGAAUAAAUAUAAUUCUUUGAUGAUUUCCGGGCGAAUCAACAAGAGUUGAGGAGUCAGAAAGCGUUGUUGAUGAAUCAUUAAUUCCUUAA